AUGGGCUAUAAAAUCAUUGUUUUCGUAGUCGCAUUGAGCCUAGUCUAUUCUACUUCAGCCAUACCAGGGAAAGCGAGUUUCUACACAAAAUCUAUUCCAUCGGCGUGCUACAAAAACGAAACACAAGAAGGGAAUAUGGUAGCAUCGGUUGGUGACUCAUUAUGGAACAAUGGUACCAUUUGCGGGAAGAAGAUCCAAGUCAGGUGCACCGCAGCCAAGGGCUGCAAGGGAUCGAAAAUGGUGACGGUUAAGGUUAUUGCUCAUUGUAUUGGUUGUGGUCCUCGAAUCAAUCUCUCGUAUUCUGCCUUCACGUCUAUUGUUAAUAUUGAUGAAGCCAUCAUCAUCGAUAUAGAUUACCAAUUGCUUUGA